GUUUGUCCGAGGUCGGGCAGCUGAAUAGGAUUUCGCUAUGUUCUCUUGCAGUGAAAUCACAAAAUAAACAGAGCAACAAGAAGCUAGUGCUAGGGAAAGUUUUCUCUGGAAGAUCAAAUUUGGCUGUGCGAGCAUUGAAUCCCGAUGGAGCCCUCCAAGGUCUCAUUUCUGGGCCCAAAAGCGUCCUUCUCCCACCAGGCAGCUGUAGAGGCGUUUGGAGGUUCGGCGCAAUUAACACCAUGCUUGUCGUUUGCAGACGCCUUCUCGGCAGUCCAGCAAGGACAGUCGGACUACGCAAUAAUCCCUGUUGAAAACUCGAGCAACGGAUCCGUCAUGCAGACACUCGAUCUUCUAGCAGACCGGAAUGAAAUUUACGCCGAUGUCGAAGUAUGCGCGGAACAUUACCUGACAGUCCAUCACUGCUUCAUGGUUCGAAAGAACACAUCACCAGCAUAUAGCUCGAUAACCAAGCUAUACACACAUCCGCAGGCCUGGGGGCAAUGCGAAACUUUCCUCAGCAAAAACUUCAAGGGGGUGGAGAGACAAGAUGUCUCUUCAACCUCAAAAUCCGCUGAAAUUGUUUCGAAGGAGACCACAGAAUGCAGUGGCGCCAUCGCCAGCCGCUUUGCGGCGGAGUACCACGGCGUGGAUGUUCUGGCAGAGAACAUCGAGGAUAAAGCCGAUAAUACAACACGAUUCUUGAUAUUAAGGAAUGUGCAUUCGAAGCGCUCAGCUCGAUUGACUUUUCAGGACGCGAGUCCGUCUAAACCUUCAUCGACUGCUUUGAAGACUCUGGUUUUGUUCACAGUCGACCAUAAUUCACCUGGGGCGUUGGCAGACGCCUUGUCGGUUUUCAAAGAUCAUGGACUGAAUUUAACAAGCAUAAACACGCGCCCGAGCCAAAAGCGAGCUUGGCAAUAUGUGUUUUUUGUGGAGUGUGCUAGAGUUCCUACGCCACAGAACCAAAAAGCUGUCGCUCGAGUUUUACAAAGCCUGCCGCAGGUGACCGAGAGUUGCAAACACUUGGGAACUUGGAAAGAUAGACUCUGAUCUAUUUGUUCAGAUUACUGUUGUGUAUAUAUACAUAAAAGAGUUACUAUUUUUGGAAGAGUUCGAAAGCAGCAAAUACUGCUGAACAACCAAAUACCACUUUGCAACCAACAAGUCUCUGAACUAUAACAAGUGUUUACAAAGUGCUACAGGAAUUGCAAGCAAAACUACUUCAAGCAAACCAUAGAGGUUGCAGUGGCAUUGACCUAUACUGUAGAAAGCACGAUCGUACACUGAACCCAAACUGCGGCAAAAGAGUGUAUAGAAAAAAAUAUUGAACGGCAGAAGCAAUUCCAGGACAAACAACAAUCUCAACUUGUUUCGCUCAGUUUCAUAAGCUCGACAAUUUUUCUGGCAGGGACUGUGGACUAUAUGCAACGAAUUGAACAAUCCAUCGCAUAAACACGUCGUGUUAACCUUAGGUUUCCACAGUAACUGUGCUACGGAGCUUGGAUGGCCC